UGUACUUCCGGAUUUUCUGUCUUCUGCGGAGGAAACGCUCAGUUCAAAACAAACGUUUUAGUUGUUAUCGCUGAGUUCUCGCCUCGCUGUAACCUUGUGUUUCGGGGGAGGAUUACAAUAAUUUAGGACCGCUGGUAUCCAUGGAGACGCCAGAACAAGGCCAAGCUGAUGGAGAGGAGCGGCCAGUGGAUCUGCGACCUCGGACGCGCUCCAACCCAGAAGGAGCUGAGGACCGCCGCAGCAGCACGGGAAGCCUCGGCGGCAACAGCAACGCCAACAUACCCCAGCCUGCCGUGGGGAGUCGUGUGGAGGGCGAGGGUGAAGCCUCGACCAGCGACAGCCCUCCGAGCUCCACCACCACCACUGUCUCGGUCGCUGCGGCUCAAGUUGUAGCUCCAACCACGAAUUCGGGUGUAGCGACAGCAGCCGGUGGCGCCAUACCCAUGUCCGUCCCUCUCCCAGCACAGACCCGGCUCCGAGCUCCCCGAGUCAACUGCCCAGAGAAAGUGAUCAUCUGCUUGGAUCUCUCUGAAGAGAUGUCUUUACCAAAGCUGGAGUCCUUCAAUGGAUCUCAGACAAAUGCUCUGAAUAUUUCCCAAAAGAUGAUCGAAAUGUUUGUCAGAACCAAACAUGAUGUUGACAAACGGCACGAGUUUGCUCUGGUUGUCAUCAACGACGAUGCUCUGUGGCUGUCAGGCUUCACGUCUGAUCCCAGGGAACUGUGCAGCUGUCUGUAUGAUCUGGAGACCAAUGUGUGCGAGUCCUUCAACCUGGAAGAUCUCCUUAAUGUCAUUCGUCAGAAAAUCGAGCUGCCUGUGUUGGAGAACGUUCAGACAGAUUCACCCCCAUAUGUGGUGCGGACCGUUCUUAUUUACAGCCGCCGUGUGGGGCAGCUACAGUUCACCCUGUCUGAGGCUGUCAAUAAAAUGCUGCAGUCUCCGUAUUUUUACUUUGAUUUGAUAUAUUUACACAAUGGCGAGGAGCUUGAAGACGGGACCAACUGGGUGAUGAACUACAUGGCUUUCUGCAAACUUGCCAUAAAGGAAAUGUGUUACUGCUAUGAGGCUUCACUGAAUGGACCUGUCGCCAAGCUGUACAACUGUAUGGCCAAACUUUUGGCCCACCCUUUACAAAGACCUUCACAGAAGAAAGCCUCGCACAGCCUUCUGGAGGACGAUGACUCUCAGGAUGUGGAAGCGACAGUAUGAAAUGUUACUAAUUGGAAAAGCCAAACUGGAAAAAUACAGGCAUACAUACACACUAUAGUUUUUCAGAAGGCAUGUUAAUUCUCUGCUCUGAAUCAGUGAAUUUAGCAAUAUUAUGUUUUAAUUUGAAACGAUAGCAUUGGGUUUUAUUUUUUGUUUUGAAAUUGUUGCCUAUACAGUUAAUUUUAUCUUGAUAAUUGCUUAAUCGAUGAUGCAAGAUAAAGACAUGAUGUUUGCUAAUUUGGAGCUUUUUAAAAGGUGAUUAUUUUUGAACUGAUUUUUGUCUUAAAGGUGGUGUAGGCAGGAUUUUGCUCAUCAAUGCUAAUUUUUCUGGGUUUUUUUUAAUUAAAUGUUAGAGUAUCCAUUGAUAAUCCUUUACAAGUGUAGCAUAAUUGCACUACUGCGAGGGCGCAGCG